AUGGUUGGACUCACAUCUGCCUCGGGCCUGGUCGGCUUCCUGUCGGAGCCUGAUCCAGAGCUCAAGGUGUUUGCGCUGAAGACCCUCGAUGCCGAAGUCGAUGUGCUUUGGACUGAUAUCGUCGAUGCAAUUACCCAAAUAGAAGCGUUGUACGAAGACGAGACCUUCCCAGAGCGUGAGCUUGCGGCCUUGGUCGCCUCGAAAGUAUAUUAUCAUCUACAAGAAUAUAACGAAAGCAUGGUUUUCGCGCUUGGAGCUGGUAAACUUUUGGACUUGGACAACGGUGGCGAGUUUGAACAGACCAUUAUUUCGAAAUGUGUCGAUACGUUUAUCUCACUCUCUGCCAGCCGCCGCCCGGCUACCGGUGAAGCCCCAGUGCCGCUUAACACCGCCUUCCCUGCCUCGUCUAACGGCGCCACCAAUACUUCCGCCAGUCUUACAUCUCCUAUCACGCCAUUCUCGCAGUCCGCCCUUCCAUCGAAAUCGCUUCUCUCCCGAGAAGAGGACCCGAGUUUAGCCACCCCCUACCCCGGAGGAGAGAGUGAUGCCAAGCUAGAGGAAACCCCCCUCGUUGUGAGCAGGGGUGUCCAGAAGCAGCUUCAAGUCGUCAUUGAGCGAUUAUUUGAACAGUGCUUCCGGCAACAACGCUAUCGUCAAGUUGUCGGUAUCGCAAUUGAGGCUAAGAAUUUGGAUGUCCUUCGCACGGCAAUUCUUCGUUGCAGCGAAGCCGAAAAGCAACAGCAGGGAGAGUCUUCAAGACACGGUGAGGAGUUGAUGGAAUAUGUGUUGGACAUUUGCAUGGGCAUUGUCCAAGAGCGCGGUUUCCGUAAUGAGAUCUUGAAGCUUAUUUUGGAGCUUUUGAACCACAUCCCCUCGCCCGAUUAUUUCUCAAUUGCCAAAUGUGUUGUCUACCUUAAUGAACAUUCGAUGGCUACCGAUAUCCUUCGCCAACUUGUUGACAAGGGCGAUGCUAGGUCACUAGCAGUUGCAUACCAAAUCUCAUUCGAUCUGUACGACAACAGCACACAAGAAUUCUUGAACAAGGUUAUCGGACAAGUUUCCGAACUUGUACCAGAUGAGGCUGAUAAGGAGGAUUCGGGAGAAGGUGAGGCAACUGAAUCAGAUUCUUUACUUCAGAACCAGUCGUCCUCGCAAAGCAAUCUGUCAAAGGAAGCUCGCGAUGCCUUCAAGGCCAUCCGCGACAUCUUGGAUGGAUUCAAGACCAUUCAGUUGAACCUCGAAUUCCUUUAUCGGAGCAACAAGGCCGAUAUUGCCAUUCUCAACAAGGUGCGGGAUAGCCUCGAAGCUAGGAACUCGAUCUUCCAUAACGCUGUUACAUUCUCCAACGCAUUUAUGCAUGCCGGAACAACACACGACAAAUUCUUCCGUGAUAACCUGGAGUGGCUUGGUAAGGCUGUCAACUGGUCAAAAUUCACUGCAACUGCUGCACUUGGUGUUAUCCACCGAGGAAAUCUGUCGCAGGGCCAGAAGCUUCUUGCUCCAUACCUCCCCAAGGAACACAUUUCCGGCGUUGGCAGUACGGGCUCCGUCUAUAGCCAAGGUGGUUCGCUCUACGCAUACGGUUUGAUCUACGCCAACCAUGGUGGCGACGCUGUCGAGCUUAUCCGUGACCACUUUAAGAAGGCGACAGAAGAAGUGGUUCAGCAUGGUGGCGCUUUGGGACUCGGUGUGGCUGCUAUGGCCACAGGGGAUGAGGGCAUCUGGGAGGAUCUCAAAUCCGUUCUGUAUACGGACUCUGCGCUCAAUGGUGAGGCCGUAGGGUUGGCCAUGGGUCUUGUCAUGCUGGGAACUGGCAACAUGAAGCUCCUGGAAGAGAUGGUUCAAUAUGCUCAUGAAACGCAGCACGAGAAAAUCGUUCGGGGUCUUGCACUGGGUAUGGCCCUGAUCAUGUACAGCCGACAGGAAGCCGCCGAUGAGCUCAUCAACGGAUUGUUGGGUGACCCUGACCCCUACCUCCGUUACGGUGGUAUCAUGACCAUUGCACUGGCAUACUGCGGCACAGGAAGCAACAAAGCUGUUCGCAGGCUCCUUCAUGUUGCCGUCAGUGACGUCAAUGACGAUGUUCGUCGCGUGGCUGUCAUGAGUUUGGGUUUCAUCCUUUUCCGCAAGCACCAGAGCGUUCCUCGUAUGGUUGAAUUGCUCUCAGAGUCCUACAACCCUCAUGUUCGUUACGGUGCUGCGAUGGCUCUAGGUAUUUCUUGCGCUGGAACGGGUCUUGAUGAGGCCAUUGACCUUCUUGAGCCCAUGUUGAAAGACCCCACGGAUUUCGUUAGGCAAGGAGCUCUGAUUUCGCUUGCAAUGGUCCUGGUUCAGCAGAACGAGACCAUGAACCCCAAGGUCGGAUCGAUUCGCAAGGCCAUGAUGAAGAUCAUUGGUGAUCGCCACGAAGAUGCCAUGGCCAAAUUCGGAUGCGCCCUCGCUCUAGGUAUCAUUGAUGCCGGCGGUCGCAACUGUACCAUCAGCCUUCAGACUCAGACCGGCAAUCUCAACAUGCCUGGUAUUGUUGGAGCUGCGGUUUUCACGCAAUACUGGUACUGGUUCCCUCUUGCACACUUCCUCUCUCUCAGCUUUACGCCAACGGCGGUCAUCGGUGUUGACCAGAAGCUCGAGGUGCCCGUGUUCAAAUUCCACAGCAACACACGGCCCAGCCUCUUUGACUACCCACCUGAGCAGCAAGUCAAGGCCGACGAAGCUCCCGAAAAGGUCAAGACCGCUGUUCUUUCGACGACUGUCCAAGCCAAGCGUCGCGCACAGCGUCGAGAGAAGCAACAACAACAACGCGAGAGCAUGGAUAUCGACCAAACGCCCACGACACCCAAGGUCUCAGGCCAACUACCCGAGAAGAUGGAAACAGAUGAGGGUGCUGCAAAGGAGGGAGACGAAAGCAAGGCCGCAGAAAAGGAGGAAGCCCCCGUCGAAGGCCAAAAGAAGAAGGCCGAAAAGGAGAAGGUUGGGUACGAGCUUGAGAAUAUGUCUCGAGUCCUUCCAGCGCAACUCAAGUACUUGACAUUCCCCGACCCCCGUUACGAGCCUGUCAAGAGGCCUACUGGAGGUGUGGUUGUUGCCCUAGACAAGAACCCAGACGAGGAACGGGAAACGAUCGAGCUGCGGGCAAGCAAAGAUGUCCGCCAGGCUGCGACACCAGACACAUUACAAGAUCUUCAAGAUCGCCUGCAAGCUGCUGCUGCUGGUGUGUCCGCCCUAGAGACGCCACAACGCGGGGCUUCCGGCGCUGCAUUGGCGGCGGGAGUGCUGACUGCCGUCGACGAGGACGAAGAGGGCGCAGAAGAUGCGCCUGUGCCGGAUGACUUCAGCUACGAUACGGACAAUAUGGAAGAGGAUUAA